CAGACAGAGUGUGUUUAAACUUAAUAUUCUUAGUGUGACAUUUUGACAAAUGUAAUUUCCUUUCCUUUUUGUUUUUUUAUUUAUCUUUUCCAGCAGUUGCCUCAGUCUGAGGUAUCCUUACUUUGUGAAAACUACUGUAAUGCAAUUUAUUAACCGUAUAAAUUAUAUCAAUGAUGAUGUUUGGUGUCUUUAGAGCUGCUGUACUGUCUGUGGUUAUGACAGUUUAAAAGCGUCAGCAGUUUUAACAACUUAAGUUUUACCAUGAUAUCAAGGAAAAGAGGAUGUAAUAUUUUAGUCUUAGUAGUCAUCCUGUUUCGUUAAAGGGUUCGACUUCUCGUCUGCUGGCAGUUUUGAUCGUCAACAUUUGAAGACUUCAGGAUUAUGGUUUGUCCAGCUCUUCUGCUUCAGUCCUUCAUCUGGUUCUCUCUGAUGUCAACAGGUGUGCAGUAUGAGGUUUCUCAUAUUGUCAGCAGUAUGUGUGUAGUUCGGCAGUCGACGGUGCUCAUUCCCUGUAAAUAUGAUGGAUAUGGUUUCGGGAAGCAGGUGAGCUCUGCAGAGUGGCUCCAUGAGAAAGCAGCAAAGCAGAAGCUCUCAGUCUCUCAGGACUCAGCGUUUGCAGGCCGUGUGGAGUUUAUGACGGACUCUGGGAACUGUUCACUGGUGCUGAGGGAUGUGAGAGUCAGUGACGCGGGUAUCUUCAGUUUUAUGCUCACGGAUGAUUCUGGACACAACUGGACAAACACACAGGGAGUCCGUUUAGAAGUGACAGAUGUGGAGGUGGAGGUAAAGACCCAAUCUGAUGUUGUGAUGGAGGGAGACUGGAUCUUCUUCAGCUGCGGUUCAUGCAUCCCCUCCAUGACUGUACCAACCUACACCUGGAGGAAAGACGGACAUCUGCACAGUCAGCACUAUGGGAACAACAUGCUUGAUGUGGAGUCUGUCAUGCUGGAGGACGGCGGACUAUAUUUGUGCAUCAUCAGCGGACACGAGGGACUCAACUCUACACAAGUUAACAUCACUGUUAGACCUGGAGGUCCUCCAAAGAGCGUCUCAGUGUCCGUCAGUGGAUCUGCUGUAAUAGUGUCUGGAGAUUCAGUGACUCUGAGCUGCAGCAGCGACUCAAACCCUCCUGCUGUGAACUUCACCUGGUUAAAGGAGACUCAAAGCUCAGCUGUUGGAUCUGGACAGAGUUUUAGUGCACUAGAUAGUGGACGAUACUACUGUGAGGCUGAGAAUAAAUAUGGCUCUCAGAGAUCAGAGUCUGUUUCAGUCACUAAUAAAGGUAAGGAUCAUCUGUGUUGAUCUCAUCUAGGUCAAAAGCUAUUUAUGGUGAUGGUUGGUGAUCACCAGAAUGGGGAAGUCCCAGAGUAAAAUGAGAAAAUAUGAUACAACGGAGUUUUGAAACAUAUACAUUACACUUUUUUUCAUCUGUUCUUAUAUUAUUUGUUUUUAUUUUAUUCAUG